AUGGAACUCGAGAUGGAAAACGCCUCGCGGAACAAAGACGUCACCCUCAUCGACUCCCAGACGAACCAAGCUCUUUACCGCAUCACGAACUUCCAGAACUCUAUGUUCCAAAGCCCCAAGGUCAACGUUAUAUCCAGGUUGAGUCGGGGGUCGAGAGAGGAGAGGCUGGCGAAACUCGAAAAGGGGUGGUUCAACGACCAUAUAACGAUCAACGCAGGGGGGGCGAGGUUGAAGGCGAAGAAGUUCUUUGAUGUUGCGGUGUUUGGAGGACACUAUUCGUUCACCGGACCAGAUGGGCGUACCCGUUACCGGUGGGAGCUCCAGAACCAUGGCUUGAGGUUGACGACUGAUGAUCGAAGAACGUCGGAGAGGUCUUUUGGGGAUAGGAACGAAAGCCCCCGCACGGCUGGUCGUGAUGCCUUCGAGUCUGGAUAUGGUGGAUAUGAUAGUGAUAACAUUAGCAUACGUCGAAAGGAGAAGGCAGGACAGAAAUACCAGUACGGCUACUUCUGCUGCUGCUUGAGGGCAUGCCGAUGA